AUGGUGUCAAAGUCCAUUCGAUGUGCUUCCGAAGCAGCAAGAAAUGCGUUUGCGCGCAUGCGUGCAGUCGAAGAGAGUUCUUCGUUUGCUCUAGCGGCAGGCAAUCCUUUCCCUGCUGUUGCGAUUCGGCAACAGGUGGUGCCUCUUGUGAAUAGUCCACGUGGUAAGUCACCAAGUGUGAUAGAUACAUCCGCUGCGUCUGCAGCGGGUACUGCGACUCGCAAUGUAGAUGAGCCUAGAAUUGAAAUCAUCUAUUCUGGCGAGUCGGAUAAUUCAUCCGGCUCGAAGGCGACACCUUACGCUUCCGAAUCAUCUGGGGCGGAAACUGCAAGAGCCAGGUUGACUGGCUCCGGGGAACGUGGCGGCAUCAUGCCCGAGAUCUUACGACCGAGCGAUUCGUCUUAA